UACAAAACCUCUCACUCUGCACUUUUUCUUUGUCUAGUUUUUUUCCUUUCUCACAUCUUCUUUUCUUUGACCACCAUUUUCACUUCACACCCUUCUCGCUCUCUACAGUUUACUUUUCUUCUCUGCAGUACGGUUUUUUCUACUUCAAAAUAAUGAUCUUCUGUUUUAGUUUAUAAAACCAAUGUUGCUAUACGACUUCACAAAUUCUUGUGUUGUUCAAAGUACGAUAACGUAAACGGUGCAUGGAUUCUGAUUCGGUUUUCUUGUUCUCGAAACCUGAACAUGGAAGCAUUCACCGGACACCAUGCUUGAUUACCAUCUAAUUGGCACCCUGAUGGUGUUGUUAUGGAUGCAUAGAUGCAUCCUUACGUAGUUUUUAUGAAUCCUCAUGUUUUGCUUGUUUUCAAAGGUUUUGACUGUUUUGUUGAGGUUGUUGCUUGGUUUUCUGUGAUUGUAGGAACGUACGUAGUCAAUGCUGUUUAUUUGCGUCAGCCGUUUUGUUUUAGAUUUCUUUUUGUUAGGGUUUAUCUGAAAUUGAAGUGAAAAUUUCGUUUUGUUUGACUAUUUACGUUUGUGAAUUAAGUGAUUGGUGUAUGUGUAUCUAAUAAUGUGUUAUUCUGAUGUGUGUAUAAUUGGUCCUUUCAAAGGGUCUUAGACAUUUAUCAAGAUUCAUACACUAUUAAUCCACGUUUACCUGAGUCAUUAUAAAACAUAAAUUUUGGUUUUUGGUUCUCACUAGACUGAACUAUUUUUUAAACCACACAUUGAUUCUCCAAUGACAGCAUUUUUUUUUUCGGUGAAUUGUUGUCACUAUUCUCAAAAUUUGUUUCUGACAACAGCACUGCAUUCCUAGGAUGCAUUUAAGGAAUACAGAAGCAGUCCAGGAUCUGCAUUUAUUCAGUUUAAAAAUGUUUCUAGCUUGUUGGUUUAUCUCUUAAAAUUGUUCUUUUGUUGAGAACAUAAACGCUAUAGGGUAAUGAUUUGAUCUCUGGGACUUGAUCCCUGUGCUUAAGAUUAUAAGCUUAUAUUAUAGUUAACUUGCUAGAGUUGUAAAUUCCUUUGAUGAAUUGUGGUUUCUGUGUGGUGUACUUUGGUUACGAAUUCAUGUGAUGUUCGUUCUUCUAGCUUACGAAAUCUCUUUGGCAGAACAUGAGCAGUGCAGGAACGAAGAGACCCCUUCAUACUGAAGAUUCAAAAGCUGAUUCAAAUAUUUUGCUCGCAAAACCUAAGAAACAUCAAAAGAAAAUUAAGGAAAAAGAUGGAAUUGAUACUAUGCGUGGCAUUAUGGAGGGGCGUGGUGAAAGAUCCGAUGGCAGCAAGCUAAAUCAGGUCACGAAGGAGCCAAUUUCUGAACUUUUGGCGAUAGCAGAUGGGAAAGCUGAAGAAAAAAUUGAGAAAACUGAUAGAAGUGACGCUCCACUAAGAAAACCAUUAAUGUUUGGAAAGGCUGCUUCAUCAAUCGCAAAGUCUAAAGGUGGCCGGCACCUUGAUAUGGCUUGGGAAUGGAAUUCUUUGAGAGAUGUCAACAACAAGAGUGUUGUCACAUGUGACUUUUGUCUGGAAACAACAACCGGGGGAAUAACAAGAGCGAAAGAACAUCAAAUGGGGCUGAAGGGUGAUUUUAAUUCUUGCCAAAAAAUUCCACCCGAAAUCAGGCUCAAAAUUAGGAGAGCUUAUGAAAACCAACAAACCAGUAGAAGAGAUGCUUGUGCUAAGAAGGUAAGGGUUAGCAUUGUCAAAUUCUUCCGUGAAAAUGGAAUUCCAUUUAAUGCUGCACGCUCUAAAAGCUUCAAGAAAAUGAUUGAAGCUGUUGGAGAUUAUGGUAAAAAAUUGAGUGCUCCAAGUUACCCUGAGUUGAAGGUUCGUUUACUGAAAAAGGAAUUAGGGAAAACUCAGUUUAAAUGUUCUAUCAAGUCUGAUGCAACUGGGGAUGGUGAGCCAUCUGGAGUCAACACACCACACACAGUACCCACUGUCACUGUUCCUAUUGAAGAGAAGAAGGAGGAAAAACAUGAUGAGAAGUUAGUCAAUGAAAUGACCAAGCCUAAGGUGACUAAGGUUUAUGUAAGGAGGAAACAAAUGGUGAAAAGGUUGGAUGAUACAACCGACCAAGUUGAGGUGAGAGAAACUGCUUAACCAAGUGCCAAGCGAGAGUUGGAUGUGCUAAGGGACAAUGGUUGGAUGUGCUAAGGGACAAUGGUAGUGGACGAAAUCAUUGGCCAGGUUGGCUAGAAUAUGAAAUUGGGAUCAUAGGAGAUACCAUGAAUGAUCACAAGUUUGUGUUCUGUCUUGCUAUUUUAUUUUGUUUCUAGGUCAGGUAUCCUUGUUUAGGUCAUGGGUUGUUUUUCCUAUAAUUGUUUAGUGCCUUUCAUCAUUCAACUUCGAAUUCUGUUAAUUAAUCGAUCUUUGUUAUGUGUAAGAACUUUAAUUCAGAUGUGGCAUAUUGAAAUCUGU